AUGAGUAUCACGGUCACCACCAUUAAUCCCGUAUCGACAAUUAAAGAGAUGCCUUUGUCUCGGAACCGGCCGCACAUACUGUUGUCCAACAACAACGGCACGUCGAGCACGUCCAAUGACUCGUGCAUAUCGCAGUCUGACUGUGGUAGUGAUCACCUGCCGUCGUUACUCAAGUACUCUCAAAUUCUAGAGAAAUCCAACGCUGCCACCGUCAACAAACUGUCGAAAAAGUGCUCCAAACCGUCAAACCUCGACAUAAUCGUCGACAAGGCGACAAGCAACAUAGAUUUGUACGUGGAAAACAAGGACGCCCUGUAUGGCAUCGGAAAAUCGGCCACCGCUUGUCUUCAGCCAAUCAUAAAGCAUGACGAUUUGAGCGGCUCACCAAAUUCAAAGGUCGCGUCACUGAACAAACCGAAAAAAAAAGGCUUCACACCUGACUAUGUUUGCAGUAAGUACAGCAGUAGCUUGAGCAAAUUUGAAAAAAUCGAGAUAUUUGGUUUCCCAGAAGUAUAUUUUUUUGGCAUUGAAGCAGACAAGAAGCAACGACCUUUCAAUGGAACACAAUCGCUAUUUGACAAUGAUCAAGGUGGCUAUGUUUUUGUCCCUCAUGACCAUGUUGGUUAUCGUUAUGAGUUGCUCAAAGUAAUUGGCAAAGGCAGUUUUGGUCAAGUAGUCAAAGCAUACGACCACAAGCUGAACGAACAUGUCGCACUCAAGAUUGUCAGAAACGAGAAACGGUUUUAUCGGCAAGCCCAAGAAGAAAUCAGAAUAUUAGAACAUUUGCGCAAGCAAGAUAUUCACAAUUUAAUGAACAUUAUUCAUAUGUUUGAUAGUUUUACAUUCAGAAAACAUAUGUGCAUUACUUUUGAACUUCUAUCCAUCAAUUUGUAUGAACUAAUCAAGAAAAAUAAAUACCAAGGGUUCAGUCUUCAAUUAGUGAGAAAAUUUAGCCAUUCACUACUAGUAUGCCUCGAUGCUUUAUACCGAAACAAAAUAAUUCACUGUGAUAUGAAACCAGAAAAUGUUCUCUUGAAACAGCAUGGCCGUAGUGGAAUCAAGGUCAUUGAUUUUGGUUCAAGCUGUUUUGAACAUCAGAGGGUGUACACUUACAUCCAAAGUCGCUUUUAUCGAGCACCUGAAGUAAUCCUGGGUGCAAAAUAUGGACUUCCAAUUGAUAUGUGGAGCUUAGGUUGCAUUCUCGUAGAACUAUUUACCGGUUUCCCAUUAUUUCCAGGUGAAGAUGAAACUGAUCAAUUGGCUUGUAUUAUUGAACUUUUAGGAAUGCCACCUAAAAAGCUUUUAGAUGCUUCAAAGCGUGCUAAUUAUUUCAUAAGCUCUAGAGGGUAUCCAAGGUAUUGCUCCCAGACCACAUUACCUGAUGGCUCAACCAUUCUCAAAGGAAGUAUAUCACGGAAGGGUAAAGCUCGAGGACCACCUGAAUCUAAAGACUUAUCAAAAGCGCUCAAAGGCUGUGAUGAUCCACUGUUCUUAGAUUUUAUUACUCAGUGUUUGGAAUGGGACCCUGAGCGCCGUAUCACACCUGCUAUGGCGCUAAGGCACAGUUGGUUACGUCGUAGACUUCCGCGUCCCCCAGCUGCUGAACAUCAACAUUAUUCACAAGAAAGCACUCCUACUAGUUUAAGGGUAAAAUUAUCCGAGUCAAAUCAUCAUCAAACAUUGCCCAUGCAUUCCAGGAACUCUCAGAUAUCGGGUAAACUACCCCAGAUCACAUCUACAUGUAUUAUGUAA